AUGCCGAACCGCAUCUCCCUCCUUGAGGUCAAGGAGUUGGUUGAGGAGCAUUUCGAACAGCUGCCUGCGGGUCAUCUCCUGAUCCCAAAGCUGCCCCAGAUGCCCACCGGCCGUGAUCCCUUGCUGCAACAAGUGUGCUGCAUCAGGGAAAACAUGCAACAGCUGGGAGAAGGUUUGCAGAGCAUGCUGUUCACAAAGGUAGAGGAGGGAGAUCUUGCCGUGGAUGCUUUGACACGGCUGGAAGGACCAGUGGAUGAGGUAAUGGAUGUCAUGCGAGCAUCGCACAAAUUAAUAGACACACUCGGCAUCAAACAGGAGUAG